AAAUUAAACAGAGAGAAAUUCUAAACUGAAAAUUAUCACAAGAUAGAGGCAAUUUGUGGUUUUUCUGGCUUUGUCACCCGAAAAGUGUCGUCGUCGUCGUCUCUUGUGUCAUGCAUUUGAUAAAGAGCUAAAAUAGUUUUCAAGCCAAAAAAAAAAAAAAAUAUUUAAAACGAUAUUUAAAGUACAAUUUAACUACACAGACGAUUAAAAGAGAACCACAACACACAUGCUAUCACCUAAUCACAGCUCGGUUCGACCGUUGUUACCAAAUUGUCAGCAUCAUCAUCAACAGCAACAACUCGAAGGAGGAAGAUGUCACCGCCUGUGAAAUAUCUCAUAAAAUCAAUUAAAUUUCGCAAUAAAACGAUGUAUAUAGGAGGAGGAUUAAAGUCAUGGCUGCUAGUUUUUCUGGCGGUAUCAAGUUGCAUAUUGCAACUCGCCGAGGCAUCAGGUUCAUGCCCAAGCAUGUGCACCUGCAAAUGGAAAGGCGGCAAAGAAACUGCCGAAUGUACAGACAAAAGUCUCAUUUCGAUACCCGAAAAUAUCGAACCGGGCACUCAAGUGCUCGAUAUUUCGAAUAAUAACCUACAAAUAUUACCACGUGAAAUUUUUCGGCGAAGCUCGUUACUGAAUUUGCAGAAAAUUUAUCUGCGAGAUUGUCGUUUGGGGCAAAUUGAUCGUGCCGCCUUCGCAGGUCUCACGAAUCUAGUUGAGCUUGAUUUAUCGCAUAAUUUGCUCACGAGCAUACCGACUGCCAGUUUGAAUGAGUUACCAUCGCUAAGGGAUCUCAUACUUACGAGUAAUUCAAUUCAGAAGAUCGAUGAAAGAGCUUUUGCUCCUGUGCCGCAUCUCGUAAAGUUGGAUUUGUCGAAUUGCGGGAUUCAAACUAUUACGCCGCGUGCUUUCGAAGGAUUGCAAGCGUUGCAUACGCUAAAGCUCAAUGGCAAUAAGUUGAGCGAUUUGCGUGCCAAGACAAUUGAAACGCUCGGCAAACUGCGAGGCAUUGAAUUGCAUGACAAUCCAUGGGUAUGCGAUUGUCGUUUGCGUGCCGCCAAACUAUGGCUCACGGAGAACAAUAUUCCGUUUACAGUAGCGCCUGUUUGUGCGGGAGGCCCUGAGCGUGUAAUUCAGCAUAGUUUCGCUGAACUUGGAGUCGAUGAUUUCGCGUGCAAGCCUGAGAUUCUGUAUCAAGAUCGUAUCUUGAAUCGCAUUGUAGAAGCAGGUGCGGGCGAAAAUGCGACAAUUACUUGUCGUGCUGCGGGAAUUCCAUCGCCGAAAAUCAGUUGGUUUUGGAAUGGGCGAGCACUCAUGAAUAACUCGAUGCAUAAUGCACAUCAACGAAUUCACAUCUACGAGUUUGGAGUGUCGGAAAAACGAAGCACUUUGGUACUCACAAAUGCUCAAGAAACGGAUUCAAGUGAGUUUUAUUGCGUUGCCGAAAAUGCUGCGGGCUCGACAGAAGCAAAUUUUACAUUGCACGUUAGUUUGCGAGCAGCAGGCAUUCGAACACUCGGCGAAAAGCAAAUAGCUGGCUUGAGUGCGGCGCUCGUGAUACUUAUUCUGUUUAUUUUGCUUAUCACGGGUUUCUUGCUCGUACGAUUGCGACGCAUCCCCAUAUCAGAAAGCAAAACGCCCGGGCAAAUGGAGGUAAUUACAUCUGUUAGUCCAUCAAACGUCAUUGCCAAUGGAAAAGUGCAAUGCAGUUCUCCUGUAAAUCGUGAUGAUCCCUCGUCGCCAGAUCACAAAGAUCUCAAAUCUGGCACAAAUCCAAUUCAGAAGCCUCCCCGUUUGACAGAUCUGCCGUAUUCGACAAAUAAUUACGAUGGAAAUGGUAGCGUCAUUUUGCCGCCAAUCAGUGCAACGGGAGGCUUUGGCUCGCCCACAGCAUCCGGAAAUAAUCCCGAUCUAAUUAACGAUACACGCGUAACAGGGAGCGGGAGCAAUUUGGCGGGCAUCGAUACACAAUUAGUGGCAAAUAGCCAAUCGACGACAAUACAAAUGGCCAAUUUAUUGGCGGAGAUGCAGUUGCAACAUCAUCAAUUGCAGCAAGCGAGUCAAGUGCUGUUGCAACAAACGUCGCAUCUGCAUCCGAGCGAAAGUAGUAGCGGGGAUUAUUCGCGAGCAGGAGGCUGUGAUUCACUGUAUCCCAGUGGCUUAUGGACUGGAGGAAGUCAUGACGAUCCCAAUUUGACGAAUUUAUUAAUGAAUGCACACCAAAUGAACGGCUAUACUAAUAGUUGUUACUCUACGGAUAAAAUUAUGAACAAUUAUCAGCAGCAGCAGCAACAACAGCAAGACGAAGAAUUGUCAAGCAACACCGCCGAUUACUUAAGUAAAACAUUUCCUCGAACGAGUUUAGGCAGUAAUAACAAUAGCUUACUAACAAAUAGUUACCAUCACACGUUGAGCGGUAAUGGCGCUUCGAACGUAGGCGGCGGAUAUCCCGUCGACUAUGGACUUCCAAUUGUUCCUGGAGCGGAAACGCGGAAUGUUGUUGGCGGUAGUAGUCACAAUAACAAUCCAAUGAGCAACUCAACGCCGCCCAUGAAUGCCAAAACGCUUCGAGUAUGGCAGAAGGGCGGCGUGCCUGUACUACCACCGGUAACAGCCUUAAAACGUGCAUUAACAAAUAGUAGAAAUUCACCAGAUGAAGGAUAUCAAGAGGGAUGCGGUACUGACGUGUAG